AUGGCUAACAACGUGACCGCUACCAGAGAAGCUACAAGGCGUACUCACACUUACAGUUUCCAUCGCGAAGGCUUGGUUCAGUUGGGGCAAUUGGGUGGAUUGAUCACUGGUCAUAAUAAAACUGUGUUCACUGAGAAUUAUGGAAACAUCUUGACCCUUUUGGACUCACACGUCGACGAAUGGGAGAAACCUGAUCUGGACAACAUUGCCAACGCUCUUUAUUUGAGCAUAGAAGACGUUCUUGGGAACUGGAAGAAGAAUGGUAGCGCUCAGGGUUUCUAUAUGAGUUUCUUGGUUGAGAAGGCCCGAGAGUUGGCUAACAAAAAGAUGUGGGAGGCCUUCAACGCCCUUCUGGCCGUUUUGAUUUAUGGGAUCGUGAUGUUCCCUAACAUUCACAAGUUCGUUGAUCUGGCUGCUAUAUGUCUUUUUGUGGAGAAGAAUCCGGUCCCUACUUUGCUAGCCGAUACGUACUAUUCUGUUCACUCUCGAUAUGGGAAAGGAGGAGCCAUAAGAAAUUGUUUGCCGUUGUUAUACACCUGGUUUAAGUCCCACCUACCUACAAGUGGUCCUUUCAUUACUUCUACUCAGAAAUGGCCUCAAAGGAUCAUGGGGCUUACCGGAAAUGACAUUGUCUGGUGUCCUACUGGGAUGGACGUAGAGAAGGGAACCGAUCUAAAAGGUUUAGAAAAAGUGGUGAGUGCCUGGAAUGACAUCCAUACGAGUGAUCAGAUUUCUCUAGGUGAAAAGAAUGCCGUUGCCAAACAAGCCUACACGGAUUGGGUUGAAAAUAGAGUUAAAGAUCGUCUGUUGCCUUUCCCGAAGGUUAAUCCUUUGUACAAGCAACCACCUAAGGUUCCAAUUGCCAUUAUGCCUGCUGAGAAUUGCAUCCCAGUAAAUAUGGAAAGCACCCAAUGGCACGAAAAGAAGUCAGAUGCGCAACCGAAACAUUGUCUUGUGGACCAGAAAAAGGUUGAGUUGACACACGAAGCCAAAAUGCUGAAGGGAGGAUCUUCCAGAGUUCAAAAGAGGGCUAGAACGGAAAAAGUUAGCGUCUUAGAGGAGGCCUCAGUAGAAAUGGACUUCAGAUCCGUAAUCAGCGUGAAAAUCCGAGUAAAACGAGGUCCGUUUCGUGUUUCUCUGGGCACUUUGAACCGCGACCACGGCGACGCCCUACCGGAGAAGAAGACCGGAGGGAGUCUCCGGCGUCUGAUAUAUCUCUCUCUCCUUUAA